GUCUUUAGCAGUCGCAGACAAACAGGUUCUUGAGUUGGUAAACAGCAUUGACCUCAUGGUAUGGAACACACCAUUGCAGGGACAUGAGGAAGCGUGCACGACUGAACAGUCUGUAGAAUAUUCUGGUGGCAUCGACGCCCCCCUGUGUCCCGUCCGCAGGCAUCGACGCCCCCCUGUGUCCCUUCGGCAGGCAGCGACUUCUCCCUGUGUCCCGUCCACAGGCAGCGACACCCCCCUGUGUCCCGUCCACAGGCAGCGACGCCCCCCUGUGUCCCGUCCGCAGGCAGCGACGCCCCCCUGUGUCCCGUCCGCAGGCAGCGACGCCCCCCUGUGUGCCACUCUCUGGUGCCCCCCGCAGGCGUGAGCGAGGUGCCGGGUCAUGGCUGGUGACAUGAUGCUGCUGAUGAGGGGCCUGGCCAAGCUGAGCCAGGCCAUCGUGGAGACGCAGGCGGGGGCGCUGCGCAGCGGCGGGGGGGUCCAGGCCGCGGUGCGGGGCGCCCAGGUCACCGCCGAGCUGGGCCUCAGCGCCGCCAUGCAGAAGGUGCAGGAGUUUGGUGCUCAGCAGCAGAACAUCUCCGACUUGGGAGAGGAAGCGCCCUCCGAGUUCGACUUCUCCCGCGCGGAGGAGAGCAGAGACAAUGAGCCCUUGAGGGACAGCGGCUUCGGGUCAGAGCAGGACGCGGGCGGGGAGGUCAGGACGAACGGUCACGCCCCGGGGAACUCUGGGAGCAGGCUCUUCGAGGGCUACAAGGACCCCAGCAGGCAGUUCUCGGGACAGACCCGGUCCUACCACCAGGACCACUCUUCGGUCAGCGGCCUCACCACGGAGGACAUCGAGAAAGCCCGGGAGGCCAAGAGGGCCGAAUCCAAGCCGCACAAGCAAAUGCUUAGCGAAAGAGCACGAGAGAGAAAGGUGCCAGUCACAAGGUUAGGGAGACUCGCAAACUUUGGAGGUCUGGCCGUGGGGCUGGGAAUCGGGGCACUGGCGGAGGUGGCCAAGAAGAGCCUGAGGUUCGAGGAACGGAACGGAGAGAAGAAGUCCAUCCUGGACUCCAGCCCCUUCCUGUCGGAGGCCAACGCGGAGCGCAUCGUCCGGACCCUGUGCAAGGUGCGCGGUGCCGCCCUCAAACUGGGCCAGAUGCUCAGCAUUCAAGACGACGCUUUCAUCAACCCCCAGCUGGCCAAGAUCUUCGAGCGCGUGCGACAGAGCGCAGACUUCAUGCCCAUCAAGCAGAUGACGAAAGCUCUGAACAAUGACCUGGGCCCCAACUGGAGGGACAAGCUGGAGUUCUUCGAGGAGAGGCCCUUCGCGGCCGCCUCCAUCGGGCAGGUGCACCUGGCCAGGAUGAAGGACGGCAGGGAGGUGGCCAUGAAGAUCCAGUACCCCGGAGUGGCGCAAAGCAUCAACAGCGAUGUGAACAACCUGAUGACCGUCCUAAACAUGAGCAACGCACUGCCCGAAGGCCUCUUCCCUGAGCACCUGAUCGAGGUCAUGAGCAGGGAGCUGGCGCUGGAGUGCGAUUACAUAAGGGAGGCGAGCUGCGCCCGAAAAUUCAAGGAGCUGCUGGCUGAUCAUCCUUUCUUCUACGUGCCGGACGUGAUCGGCGAGCUGAGCAACCAGCACGUCCUGACCACCGAGCUGGUGUCCGGCUUCCCCCUGGACAAGGCCGAGGGCCUCUCCCAGGACGUCAAAGAGGAGAUCUGUGAGAACAUCCUGCAUCUGUGCCUGAGGGAGCUGUUCGAGUUCCGCUACAUGCAGACCGACCCAAACUGGUCCAAUUUCUUCUACGACCCGCAGAUGCACAGGGUGGCUCUGCUGGACUUUGGCGCUACGAGGGGAUUUGACGUGAGCUUCACUGAUGUCUACAUUGAGAUCAUCAGGGCGGCGGCCGAGGGGAACCGCGAGGAGGUGCUGAAGCGAUCGAUCGAGAUGAAGUUCCUCACGGGCUACGAGUCCAAGGCCAUGCUGAGCGCGCACGUGGACGCGGUGAUGAUCCUGGGCGAGGCCUUCGCCUCCCACGAGCCCUUCAACUUCGGCUGCCAGAGCACCACCGAGCGCAUCCACAACCUCAUCCCCGUCAUGCUCAGGCAGCGCCUGACCCCGCCCCCCGAGGAGACCUAUUCGCUGCACCGCAAGAUGGGCGGCUCCUUCCUCAUCUGCUCCCGCCUCAACGCCAAGCUGCGCUGCAAGAACAUGUUCCAGGCCGCCUACAGCAAGUACUGGAGGGACCGGAAGGGCGGACCAAGCCAGUGACACGAGCGCCCGAGGGCCAAUCAGAACAUUGGACUGAAUGCGGGGAAGGGAAGGGAAGGGGGGGGGGGGGGGGGGGUGACGGAAAGGGGUAACUCAGCCUAGCCAACUUGCUGUGCUGUGAACUGAAUGUAUAUGGCACUCUUUCCUCUUUUUAACUCAAACUUUUCUUUCCCCCCCUUUUUUUUGUUUUGAACAUGGGAGUCAAAUGGGUGAAAUUGAUUCGUGAUUUGAAAAAAAAAAAAAGGAAAAAAGAAAGCACUUGUAAAACAAAGAUUUCUCUCGCUGGUUGGGGGAGGGGGGGGAUAGGGGGGCAGGGGGGUUGGACCGUGGAACAACUACGAUGUAUGUGCCUGAAAGUAACAAAGGAGAAGUUAUGUAGAAGUGAACUGUGACCUGUCCUGUACGGGGGGACGUCACAGGCAAGAGGUGCAGACACAUUUGAAUUUAGCGCACGCUAGUCUAGGAUCCUAGCAGUACAUACUCCAGCGCUAAUGGGCGUGGACAGCGUUUUUAAUCAAAACGAAUAAGAGCGUAAAAGCAAUACCGUUCCAGUUACCGGACGUCCGGACGCAGAAGUGCGAAAACCCGGUUUGUUGUGCUGGUGCGGAAUUCACGCUGGAUUCACGCUCAUGCGCACACAUUUAUUAUCGAUCAUAUCAAUUACAGGUUCAUUGUUCCUGUAGGAGAAACAUUACGCACAACCCAGCUCUAACGUCACUGUAUUUUUUAUUUUAUUUUUUUUUUUUUUGCCUCUUUGAAGAGUCAAAAUUCCAGAUGCAUUCAUCACCGAAUGGACACCAGCUUUCUUCUAAAACACAUUUGAUUAGAGGCUCUAGGUAGAUAUGACAUGUUUUUGGUCCAGUGCCUGUCUUUGAAAUAUGAUGCAUAUUAACUUUGCGUUAAACUGCUUGACCCGCAGUAGGACCUUAUCGUAGCUGCAUUAAAUGUCGGAAGAGGCUUUGUUAGCUGUACGCGUUGAUCUAACGUCGUCGUAUACAAUCGGGAGUGAAUACAUGCCUGUUGUUUUUUUUUGUUUUUUUUCCUUCCUUUUUGAAUGACUGUUCAUUGUAACAUUAAUCAAAAACUGUUAGCUUAUGAUUUCUUUUUUGUCGCCGCCAGUGCAGAUUUGAACGCUCGCCUCUUUUAUGAGAAAUGACGCUGAUUCUGCUUUGAGCUUCGUUUGUGGAACCUGCCGCUCUCUCUGUGGGACUACCGGUGUAAAUGUGCCUACUUCAACGUUAGGUCAAAAGUCAAUGGAGAUGGUGUCCCCUGGUUUCCAUACAGUGAUUAAUAAGGCUGUGGACAAAAUGGGUUUUUAAUUUUCCUAUGAAAAGCAUUGUCACGUGGAGUUGUAAUAAAAAUAAUCUUCAAAUUGAAA